UAGUUCAUUUGUGUUCCAUCCAGCUGGUUUAAAAUUUCGUGUCUGUCAAAUAAAGGAAUAUGGCAACAGUGGUGGCACCUUUGGCCAGGAUGUAAACACAGCUGGAGGAACAUUUACGUUGCCUUCGUGGCUCUGCGGUUUACAGGACAGCACGUAGGUCCCACAAUGGAGAUUGCUCGUACUCUCUUUGGACCUCGUGCACCUCAGGGCUACACAGACGGCAACACACAGGGCCAGGUGCACACGGCAGCUGAUGAUGAUGAGGAUGCAGAUGAUGUGUUUCUGCCUGAUACUCCAGAAGGUUUAAGCACAGGAAUAAGAGCAACUGGUGGAUCCAAUUCAACAGAGCCAAGUGUAGGAGGACCAUUUUCAGCCAUCACUCCAUCCAUGUGGCCACAAGACAUCCUCACUCGCCUCUCCCAACAGGUCACUCACCAAGACCCCAACCACCAGCCAGAUUAUAGAUUUGAUGAAUUUGGAUUUCGAGUUGAGGAGGAAGAUGGACCUGAGCAGAACAGCACAAAACUCCUUAGUCAGCCUUUUGUGGAGGACCCUCAGCACAGAUUACAUUGGAUAGCCUACUUAGAGUUCAGCCACAGUGAUGAGGUUGGGGAACUCACAUGGGAGCACGUUGAUACCCGGCUCCCUCGCACUGACAAACUUCGAGGGAUGGUCAGAGGUGGCCUUCCUCACUCCCUACGCCCUCAGUUGUGGAUGAGACUCUCAGGUGCACUACAGAAACAGCGGCAGUCAGAUAUCUCUUACCGUGAAGUAGUGAAAGCCUCAAGCAAUGAUGCACUCAUGACCAGCAAGCAAAUAGAGAAGGAUCUUUUACGUACCAUGCCCACCAAUGCCUGCUUCUCUCAGCUUACCUCUACUGGCAUCCCACGACUUAGGAGGGUAUUACGGGCACUGGCCUGGCUCUAUCCAGAUAUUGGGUAUUGCCAAGGAACAGGAAUGGUUGUGGCCUCUUUACUUCUAUUUCUUGAGGAAGAAGAUGCAUUCUGGGUAAUGUGCACUAUAGUUGAGGACCUUUUACCUGCCUCUUACUACUCCUCUACACUCCUUGGUGUUCAGGCCGACCAGCGUGUCUUGGCAGCACUGGUGUGUACUUACCUGCCAGGGGUGGACUCUGUGGUGCGAGAACAUGACAUUGAACUUUCUCUUAUCACUCUGCAUUGGUUUGUUACUGUCUUUGCCUCUGUUCUACAUAUGAAGAUUCUUCUUCGAGUGUGGGACAUGUUCUUCUUGGAUGGUUCAAUUGUGCUGUUUCAGGUUACCUUGGCUAUGCUGAAGAUUAAAGAGGCUGAAUUACGCAGUCUGGAAAAUUCUGCACAAAUUUUCAAUGCAUUAUCCGACAUUCCUGGAGAAAUAGAUGAUGUGACUUGCCUGUUCAAGGUUAUGGAAAGUGUGUGUGGCAGCUUAACAGAUGUCAUGGUAGAGACGCAUCGGAGACGUCAUCUUGCUUACCUUAUGGCAGACCACGGAGCCCUCAUCAAUCCUGACCAUUCAACUAACUUACCUAAGCAACAAUUGAAUCGGCGACAGGUGAACAAGAGCAAGUCAGUUCUUGAGGUUUUGCUAUUCAAAGGUGAUCAGAAUGCAGACGACAUACGAAACAAGAACAUUCGCCAAACAGAGUUACUGGUCGAUUUACGUGAGGCAAUCCUUCAAGUUGGACGCCACUUCCAGGGGGUAGAGCCCAACUACACCAGCACUACCCUUACACCAGACUACAGCAUUGAAUCCCAUUCUCGGGACAUCCCCACGUUCCUGGCCACAGCUCGCUCUAGGCAUCGACGUGCCAAGGCAUUACUGGAUUUUGAGAGGCAUGAUGAUGAUGAACUUGGCUUCCGUAAGAAUGACAUCAUCACUAUCAUAUCCCAGCGGGAUGAACAUUGCUGGAUUGGAGAGCUCAAUGGGCUGAGAGGGUGGUUUCCAGCCAAGUUUGUAGAGGUUCUGGAUGAACGUAGUAAAGAAUACAGUCGUGCCGGUGAUGAUGCCAUAUCAGCCACAGUGACAGACCUUGUGCGGGGAACACUGUGUCCUGCAGUGAAGGCAAUCCUUCAGCAUGGCAUGAGGUCCACCUCACUUUUAGGUGGGCCCUGUCAUCCCUGGCUCUUCAUUGAGGAGUCAGCAGCUCGGGAAGUAGAGAGAGACUUCUCCUCAGUUUAUUCCCGCCUUGUCUUGUGUCGCACUUUCAGACUUGAUGAGGAUGGCAAGGUCUUGACUCCUGAAGAGCUGCUGUAUCGGUGUGUUCAGGCUGUCAACAUGAGUCAUGAUGCAGUACAUGCCCAGAUGGAUGUUAAACUGCGUUCUCUUAUUUGCUUAGGACUUAAUGAGCAGGUACUUCAUUUGUGGCUAGAGGUUCUAUGCUCUAGUGUGGAAGUGGUGGAGCGAUGGUAUCUUCCAUCCUCUUUUCUCCGCUCUCCUGGCUGGGUCCAGAUCAAGUGUGAGCUGAGGGUGCUAGCACAGUUUCCCUUCACCCUCAAUCCAGAUUGGGAGUUGCCACCACCUCCCAACCAGGACCAGCGACCACUCCGUGAAGGGGUGAGGGAUAUGCUAGUGAAGCACCACCUCUUCUCAUGGGACCUGUGAGACUGAAAGGAAUUACCACCAUGUGCUGGAGAUUCAUAAGACACAGUUGUGAGUCUUUUUCAGAGUCUUUAAACUAGUUUCGAGAGGACUUUUGGUCCAUAGUUAGAGGUGUGUUAAAAAGUGUAUAGGGACUGGGAGAGAUGGGGGAAGAAAGGGAGGGAAGAUGGGAAGAAGAAAAAUAAUGUUAGGGGGUGCUUUAAUUAAAAAAAAAAAAAAAAACUAUGUUUGAAGUCUUUGGCUGGAUGAUUGUUGCUGUAGCUUUUAUUGAUUUAGCAGAGAAUAGGUAUGAGUGGUAGGUUGAGGAUAUGUGAUUUUGUAAUUUAUAAUGAGUGGAAAGUUAGCAGUCUUGGCUUUUUAUAUAAACGUGUGUGUGUGUGUGUGUGUGUGUGUGUGUGUGUGUGUGUGUGUGUGUGUGUGUGUGUGUGUAGUCACAUGGGAAUGGGAGGUCAUCAACCCUGUUGUCAUGUACAAUUGUUUGAAAUUAAUUUGGAUAUGGACUCGUGCUACAGGAAAUUAAAUGAUUGUCUGCCUUGCCAUGAGAAGUGGUAAAUAGGUGAAGUGUAGAGAGAGGUUUAGCAUAUGAUUGAGAAGUGAAGUAGAGUGUUAUACGUAACUAAAAUUAAGCUGAAUGUUAAGGAAAUUGUAACAUUCAGCUGUUCAAUUCAUAUUACAGACUGCCAUGAGUAUUUUUUUCAUAAAAGGGAAGCUUGGAUGAUUAUUCCUGAUAUGAUAUAUAUUUUUAAUCUAAUGAUGGUGCACAGUACUAUACAUUUGCCAAAGGAAAAUUAAUCCCUCCAUAGUUAGCACUGAUGUUAUCACCAUCUUUGCUUGCAGUGUUAAGUGAAGAUCAUUGUUUAAAUUAAAUUUUUUACCUUUGUUUUGACAAGUGGACUUUGUGCUUUGAUUAGUUGGCCUCUGUCAUGCAUGCUUGUGUGUGUCUACUAAUUCUUGGCUUACAUCCAUACAUCUAUUUAUUUGCUUAUUGUUUUAUUUAUUUAUUUAUUUAUAUGUAUUGGUUUGUUGAUAACUCUAAAAUGUCUCUUCAUUACCAUAUUAUUGCAUAUGAAGAGCCAGGACAUUGGUUAAGUAUUGUUUAACUAAGUUUUUUUCAAGUCUCACAAUUUCAAGAAGUUGAUAGAAUUUGAUUGUCAAGACUAAUAUACAGAGAGAGACUUUUCAGGCACAUUUUACCCUGUGUAAGCUUCUGCAACUUCUUAAAAUAUCCACUAUUUUUUGGAAUGAGUCUAAUCCAGUGAAUAUCUGUGAGUGUGUGUUGUAAGUAACCAUAGGCCACACAAUGUUGCUUCCUCAGGUCAGACUGUCAGAGAAGCAAGUGAACUUUCUCUGCAUACAUAAAUUGCUGGUUGUAAGAGAAAAUAAUACAUUGCAUGUGUAGUGUUCAUGAGAUGUUUCAUGGUUGUUAGUUAUUAGUGGAAAGAAUAUUCAUAGCUGUAGUGCACAUUACCUUAUUGCAGUAAGAUAUAUACAUACAUUGUAGUCAUAUAUGUUUAUUUGUUGUAUGCUAAAUAUUUUUCUCAAAAGGUGUUUAUUUUUGUAUCUAUAAUAGUUCAGAAAAUUUGCUAGAACUGCUUAGCUGUAUAAAACUCAUCCUGAAAGUGCACAUUUUAAAUUUGUCAUUGCCUUACACAAUCAUAUCCAUUGAAGGUGUCAGUGUCACUCUACAAACUCACUCACUUUCACAUGUGGUGCCCACCAGCUACAAGUUGUCUGAGGAACCUCACAGUUCACCAUUUAUUUGUGCAAUGCACUUUUGAAGCAGAAUUUUGAUGCAUCCUCUACCUCAAAUACUCUACACAGUGCUUCGUGAUGUGAACAUAUGAACUGAAAUCAUGAAAUAUAAUUAUAUCUCUGUUUUCUUGCAUUGUAAUAGCUUCAGAGUAUUUUAGCUCUUAUAUUGGCAUUUGUGUAAUGUUUUGAUCAUCAAAGUACAACGUUUGCUCAGAUUGCAUCUAUGUAACAGAAUAUCAAGGAAGGUGAGGUCAUUUAAGUUUACCAGUUGACUGAUCUUGUAAGGAAUGGUAGCAAUAUUUGAGGUAGAGUAAAUAAACACUAAAUAACAUUGAUUCUGGGAGAAUCCUAUCAACUGUAACUGUGAGGCUCAUGCUGGGUCUGUCAGCUAUGUGUCAGAGCCCCCAAGAGAUCUUCCAUCAUCUUAUUGACUGCUUGGAGUAGUUGGUACUGGUGAUCACUACAAGCAAACUGACUGUCCACACAAUGCUUCCCAACUGAUGCCUGUGCCGGAAAUGGCAGUUAGUAAAAUGGGGACUAGCAAACAAUUAGAUUAGAAAUGUCCUGGGGAUUAUGGGGACAUAUAUUUGUGUAAAUGGAUUAAUGUAUUGUACCUGUACUCCUUUAAAUAGUUUGCCAUUGGUGUGCAAAUGUUAUUUGUGACAUGUUUAUGUAAUCUAUAAACACAUGUACUAUCAUGUACUUACUCUGGGAAUAUAGUGAUCCUUGGCAUUUUUCAUGGUUUAUGUUUACUUUCAUUGCAAGAAGAUAUGCAUUAUUUAGAACAGUAUUAUGCAGAUCUGUUGCAUUUUUUAUUGUUUUGCAUUGGUAGCCGCCUAGUAAUGUAGUACAAUUCUUAUAAAACUACUAAUUGA